UUGCAAGUAGUGCUGAACCAGAUCAGGAGUGACAGUCUAAUCCCGAAUAGCUACUGUACCAUUCACCUUUACUACAAAACAAAACCUCAGGAGAAGAUGUGGACUCAAUCAGAAGGCAGUUCAGAAGUUGAGGACAUGGACACCUCAGACACUUCUGUUAUGACUGAAAAUGACCCCCAAAAAACAUGGCAUUGGUUCUACCUGGACGAAAGAGGAACGUGGCACAUGUUUGAGAAUGAUCGAAUGGAAUUAGACUCUCUGACCAGUGAGGAAAUUGAAAGAUAUUACACAAGAAAUCCAAAAGGAGUGUUACACAUAUCCACAUCCAGAGGCAUCAACAAACUGGAUUUUGCUGAGAUGGUUCUGACUGACAUCAAAACAAGGAAGCAGAGGCAAAUCAAACGAUCCUACGAAACUCGCCAAACUGGGACUAGUGGAAGAUGCUCUUGUGUUAGUUCAGUGCCCACACACUGGGAAGCGGUGGACCCCAAACACCCCUAUCAGGUGUUCGGUCUGAAGAGAGACGCAGCUGAGUAUAAUUAUGUGGCAGGCUGCUUAAAGAAGGGGGAACUAGACAGAAGCAUAAAAUCCAUCUGUAGAAUACAGAACCUGGACCUCUGGGAAUUGUACUGUAGAAAGAAGAUUCAGUUGGGAAGGAUUCAUGGUGUUGCAGCGGUCAAGGAGGAGAAGCUGUUUCAUGGAACAAAAGUCAGCAACGUACACGCAAUUUGUACGUACAAUUUCGACAACAGGUUAGCUGGUAUCAAUGGCCAUGUCCUUGGAAAAGGAACCUACUUUGCAAGAUUUGCCUCAUAUGCAGAUAAGUACAGUCCAUGGAACACUGAUCCAGUACCUCUGUUUGGUGAGGCACCACAAGGAUUCAGUAGCCAAAAGACCAAAACAAUGUUUCUGUGCCAGGUGAUAGUUGGGAAAACUACACUGGGAAAGAAAGAUUUCCUCAAGCCAGAUGACAAAAGUGCUAUCAACUUCCAUGACAGUUGUGUGGACAAUGUCAUGUAUCCUAGAAUUUUUGUCAUAUUUGAUCCCAAUCAGAUAUAUCCAGAGUACUUAAUUCAGUACUAUUGAAAUAAAGAUGGAGACCGGGUGAACUACAAUGAGUUGUCAUGUCCAAUAUGAACUGUAAGCCUAUCAUUUGAAUAGGUUGAAUGGACAUUUUGCAUUAAAAUUAAUGCAAUUUCUAUUCACUGUUAUUUUAAACAGUCGUCAAUUCUCAAUGGAAAUAAUUUCUAUCAAGAUGGAUUGUGUAAUAGGCUAUUGCGGUGGUGUCGGAUGCGUUGAGUUAUAACUAUUUGAUAGGUGAAUGUUAUUGAGUGAGUUUGGAAAAUUAACUGAGUUUACCUGGUAAGUUUAUAGGCUUCCUUAACAGACUGUAUGCUAUGGCUUUUAUGAAUCUAAAUGUAAAAUGUAAUGUUAUCAAUUAGUAAGCGUAUAUUGAUAGAGUUAUCGAAGCCCUUGCUCAUUCACUGUAAUAGUAUCCGUAGCACGCCUAGCUGUGGGUUUCUUUUCCCUCGUGGGUUGAGACCUGUCGUUUCUUUGGAUUGGAAAAUCAAGUCUUUGUAAUGGAAGCGGGUGGCGGUCGGGGGCAGCGCUCAGGGGCUGGGCGUGUGGGUGUUUGAGUGAGAAAGACACGGAGGAGAACCAACCAGUGACAGCACAGCCCCUUUCAUUAUUGACUCAUUGUGCCGACAACAUCAAAAGAGCCAUUCCAGACUCUGUAGUCAGGAGGACUUUGAGAGUUAGGAGGCAACCGGACUAGUAAAUUAGAAGCCUACAGUAGGAUAGGUUGUUGCCAAGAAAAAAAUAUUUUCAGAGCAGUGGCAGUAGAGGUCGCUGUUGACCUUAAUGAGCACCUGUAGGCCCCUUUCCCCGAUUGAAGAUGGGUUGCUAAAGUGCUCGAUUUCUGUCA